AACCAAAAGUAUAACUAUUACUAUUGUAAAACUUUUUUUUAUAAAAUAAUAAUAAAAAGUAAAAUAAUAAAAAAAAGUAUUAUAUUCUGUCUAUAGUCUAUCACCUUGCUGGCAGCUGUGCCUCAGCUACACAUGCUGUGUUUAUAGGAAGGACCAUUUUUUUCAUUAUAACAUGAUAUUAAGUGGUGGGCUGCAUGUAAACAAUUGGGGGGGCCACAGUUGGCCCACGGGCCUCCAGUUUGACACCUCUGGUCUAAAGGACCAGAGGUAGGAAUCUCUCCAUCAUGGUUUGGCAAACUAAGAGACCACACAACAUCUUGCCUCGGGCCCCCCACAAAGCUAGAAACGGUCCUGCUAUGGACCCCAAAACCCCUUGAAACGCACCUGCACGUAAUUAAGUCGCUAUAAGCAUAAUGAAGACAGUGGCGCAGCACCGCACUCGUUGUGACUCGUUCAGUCCUGACAGCAGACAGAAGUGUAGAAAUACAGGCAAGUCCGAGCUCAGACAUCGGUGACUGUUGUGUUUAUCACAGGAGAUAAUCCUGUGAUAAACCGUGCUCCCGCCUGUGGAGCUCAGCUGAAGCUAAGCGCUGAAAAGUGUGUCAGUGGCUGCUGAGUUUCCCCAAGAAGCCGUUCUGGCAAGCAUUUUAAAGCCGUGUUCCCGGCAGCCCCGUGCGUAACGGGGCAGGAACACAGCCGAACUGGUAGCACCCACGAUUCAGGUUGCGGAAAUGACACGGAGGUAAAGGCAUGCAGCUCCUCCCACGAACGGGGAAACACGUCCGUGUUCCGAGUUUUGUGUUGUUGAUGAGGUGUCCUGUCCAGGUGAGAUGGGGAACACAAAUAGUUUCUGGAGUGAGCGGAGGUCGUCCAGGAGGUCGUCCAGGAGGUCGUCCAAGAGGGAGUCCAGGAGGGAGUCCAUGAAGUCUAACGCAGAGCAGGUGGGAAACACACCCAGCAUACCAGAAAUCUCAGUAACUGAGGCGUCGCCUCUCCCUUCUCAGGGAUCUGUGUUCAUACUACCUGAGCCUGUACAGACCUGUAAAACAAGACAGGCAGAUACUGCUGUUGAUGGACCCGGCCCCACUGACAUGCAAGUACAGACUGAACCUCUUCCACUAGACCUGAAGGAAACGGAGCAGAAUCCUGAGGUGAGAAUUUCUUACGAUGUGGAGGACGAGGGGCAGUUUGAUUCGCUCAGUCUCAGUGGCAGCGACGGCAACAACACACCUACAGCCAGUCGCACACACUUCAUCCAGGUUAUGAUGGACUCUUCCCCUCAGGUGAGGCGCAGCAUGGUGCUGCGGAGGUCACUUCACCUGUCCACCAAGAGUGACAGUGACUCCAUCUCGCUGGUGUCCUUUAACCCAGACGAGGACAGGAUGUUGGUGACUCUGGACCCACUGGAACAUGAGUGGAUGAUGUGUGCUUCCGAUGGGGAGUGGACCAGCCUGCACCACCUCCUCACUAAAGAACCCAGCUUUGUCCUGCGGAAGGAUUUUGUCACUGGUUUCACCUGCCUGCACUGGGCUGCUAAACAUGGCAAGCCUGAGCUCAUAGCACGGAUUAUUAACUUUGCCAAGCAGCACAACAUUCCCAUCAGUGUCGAUGUUCGGUCCAACAUUGGCUAUACCCCACUGCACAUAGCUACCAUGCACAACCACAUUGAGGUGGUAAAGGUCCUUGUAGGAGCCUACAACGCUGAUGUAGAGGUCAGAGACUACAGUGGCAGGAAGGCAUGCCAGUAUCUCGCUGGCAACGCAAGUGUGGACAUCCAGGACAUCGUUGGCGCUGUUGAGCAAAACAACUUGGAGCAUGAGGAAAACAGGGACAGUGGUCGCAGGAGGUUCUCCAAGGUUCUCCAGUCUAAUCUGAGGCCUCUCAGGCUGCUGAACCCCAGUUACUGUGACUCUGUGGACGGUGAUACCCGAACCAGAGAGAAACCCGUGAGGAGGAAGUCUACUCUGAGCAAGAUGAAACCCAAUCUGAAGAAGCUUCGAUACAGGGCUUCAGAGAUCAUCCACAGCACGACGUUCCAUGACACAGAGGAGCAGGAAGGGUCGCCGGAAGGGUCGCCGGACGGGUCCAGAGUCAAAUCUCAUUUCUGGGAGUGAGACUAGCACUGACACAGGACAGGGCAUCAUCUUUGGCUGUGGUGUCAAACUCAAUUACGCAGGGGUUCCUAAAUUAAAAACUUCAAUUAAAAACUCUAUAAAAGCUUAUAGAUUAAAUAAAGAAACAAAUCAGACAUCAACUUUGA